AUGAUUUCAUGCUCUCAUGAUGUUUGCCACGGUACCGACAAAAACUCAGCACAGGUUCAUCGGAGCCGUAGAACGACCCCCAAUUACACGCUACGUGCUCGAGAACGCCUGAACCACCGCCAAGAGGUAACCAGCUACUCGGGCCCCCUUGGAGUGCCACCAUCGGGCUCCGACACUCUGCGUUCCUCAGGCAGCCUUUGUGGGAAGUCAUCCAUGUCUGGUGCCAGUGGCGCUAGAUCGGGCAUGUCUGGGAGCAGAAAAAAACAGAUGGAAAUCUAUGAACGCCGCGAGGUGUACAGCUUUUCGCUGAAACGACCCCAACUGAAGCGUCGACACACCAGUCUGGAGUCGGCGAGCUCAGCCAUUCAACCGGUUGUUGCACGGCCUGAGCUUAGCGCCACUCUGCAACGCGUUAAGGCGGAGACGAGCAAGAAAGCUGGCAAGCCAAGCAACGAACCCGUGAUGCCGACCUACGAGGGUGUUCGCAGCUACACUCACGAGCCAGCCAUCGAGAUGCACCACCCUCUUCAGGUCAGCCCUCACUAUUGUCCCGGUGUUGUAUGCGGAAGAGGAUAA